AUGACGAAAACACGAGCCAUUUUAGCCCUCCUAGUGGGCGUGGCAACAUUAGGGGAUGUUGCCACCUUCUCAGAAAUCGACCUAUCAGAGAACGAGUCGGUUAUAAAUCCGCCAAUAGGAAUCGUUGACGAAAUUGUUGGAAAGAGACGAGUAGAGACUCCUGAAGUUGUUUUACAAUUGAAAUAUGAAAGCGGGGAACUGAAUAGGAUAUACCUUGCUCAGUUUAGAAAAGACAAAGAUUCUUGGGUCCCGUCAGUGCCGACGAGGAAUAACUUGUGCGCGGACCUUUGCCACGCAGGCCUGGGUGGAGCGACCUGUGGCCCGAGCUGCUCGGCCAUGCUGCCUGUAGGAAUCCAGAGCGCUCUCUCAGGAAUCAACGACACCGACACCGAGUAUGGAGAGCCAAGAGUGGCCGUCUGUCCCACGCUCUGCUAUUACAAUCUGGGAGAACCUUUGUGCAGUUGCAGCGCCCAGGAGCAUUCAAUUAGCGUGGACUGGAAAAGCGUGUGCGCAGUCUUCUGUAUUACUGACAGAUAUGUCGUUAGAGGCUGUCCCCCCUGCGACGAGAAUCCGACCAAGAUCCCUGUGCAGCUGGCGAUUGGAAAGUCCCGCUUGCUCGACACGAAUGACGGUUGGCAAGCCUGGUGCAACAUGCAGUGCCGGCAAGGACAUGGCGGAGCGGCCUGCAACUGUGACAAGUCUGCCUUCCAAUAGACCAGAUAAUCAAAAGAUCGACUAACAACUAAGACAACUUCUUAAAUAAAGAUAAAUAAGGCUUUUCUAAUGACGUCACUAAAAGUCAAAAGUGGCUGCUAAAUGUAACAAGUCGAUGGCCUUUCAGUUGACCAAGUGCUUUCAUUUUGCGAUGGCGGGCGCAGCAACGUGGCGGCCAUUUUGAUUAUUUGUGAUGUAGUGAGUCCAAAUAGAAUGGCCACUUCUAGCUAUAGUUUGUAACUCGUGUGUAUCGGCACUAAAGCAAAUCUAAUGUUAGAUCUUCACACACAGAACGCGGCUCGCGGUUAUCAUACAAGCUCCACCGCACGUGGAUAACUUACUAAUUAUUUUAAAAAUAAAACCGGGAUAGUCAAACACAAAUCAUCACAUUAUAACACGACCGUCUUUCGAAAUAAAAACUAGAAGAUGUUUUAAAUCUGUCAUUCUCGGACUAGUGUUCACUAUCUAAUUUCCGUGGCAAUUUUUAUUAAUUACGUAUUGGAUUUUUUAUCGUGCAACAUUAUUCAUAUUCGAGUA